UGCCGGCACGCCGCCCCACGCUUGUGUCGCCUGUCGCAAUACUCGCCAGACGUGUACAUAUCCAUCCUCGGAGAGGAAGGUUACAGUACCUGAGAGGUCGGUUUCCAGUUACACCACUCUUCGGUCAAAUCUCACUAACCUCCCAAUACUCGGAAAAGCUAUUUCCUCGAGCUGCAGGCGAGAGCACGCGUUUCCAAUUCCCAGCCCGUUGAUACACAUGCCGAGCCGUGCCCCGCCGAAUCGACGGAGAAUGUCUGGGCACUUACUGAAACGGAAAAUUGGUUUGCUGGGGAUUCAGGGCAGUAUCAUUACAUGGGAAGUUCUUCCUCCAACUACAUCGCAAACAGCAUCAAUCCAACCACGGAAACUUUGGCAUGGCAUUUGCAUCCACAUUAUAAAGACGUGUCAUGGAUCAGGCGUGACAUUAGCCCCAUGCUGCCCCAACUUCCUCCAUAUGAACAUGCGAAACGGCUCUACCAAGGGCAACAUGCCUACCUCGGGACAAUAUUCUCGUUCGUUCGGGACGCCGAUUUCUACCGCAGAUUAGACGUGGUGUACAGUCGACCGCCGCAUGUCGGCGACCGCGAAGACUGUCUUGUCUACUGUCAGAUGCUCCUCGUAUUUGGCUUCGGACAGAUGUACUCGGUAAAUCAGUGGAUCGGGGACGACGGACCACCCGGAUUCUUCUAUUUCAAACAUGCUCUCAAGUUCCUCCCGGAGGCUUACGAGGAUGGGUCGAUCUUAUUUGUGGAGGUCUUGAGUUACGUCGCGUAUUUCUUGCAGGCCCUGAACCGAAGAGACUCGGCAUACAUCUACAUCGGCCUUGCUCUUCGAAUGGCCAUAUCCCUGGGUCUUCAUCAGGAAGUAAUGGAUCAAGCUAUAAGCACCGAGGAACGGGAGCACAGGCGACGGGUUUGGUGGUCUGUAUAUAGCAUGGAUAGGCUCCUCUCUCUGACCUUGGGUCGUCCUUUUUCCAUUCAAGACGUCGACAUCAAUCUAGCGCUCCCCGGUCAAGUUGGUGACGAGGACCCGCGAGUCUCCUCGAUCUUAGCCUGCUAUGCACAGCUAUCGAGGAUUCAGGGAACAAUCGGGGAGGAGAUUUAUCGAAAGAAGCAGACAUCAAGCAGUAGUUUGUUUGCAUCCGCCCAAAGGAUCAUGAGAAGCCUAUCCGAUUGGUUCGGUAACUUGCCCGAGGAGCUGCGAAUCAACACAUCGAGCCCACCGACUGGCCUGAGCCGUGGAAUCAUCUCAACCCAGCUCCAUUAUUAUCAUUGUAUCAACAUGACCGUCCGUCCGCUACUACUAUAUGCCGUUCAGAGACAAAUGGCGGCGAACACCGGACCAUCCAGCCAUUCGAUAUGGGCAGAGGGUCUGCAAUCCAACAUUAUGGGCAUCAUAGACACGUCCAUCGCGGCGGCACGGUCAAGCAUGGCACUAUGGAAAAUGGCUGCGGAGUACAAUCUUGUCGCAACAUAUGGAUUUAUCGACGGGGAACAAGCCUUCUCUAACGCCUUGCUGCUAGUUAUGGUGAACAUUGCAUUUCCUUACAAAGAUCAGGAUGCAUCGGCCAUGAAUGCCGCGCUGGCGGUUCUUCAAGGAAUGGCCGAAAAAGGGAACAGAUACAUUCAAGCCUGCCAUUCGCUGCUAGUUAGGAUACCAGGCAAUAUGAAGUCAAUCGCGGCGGCAAUCGGGGCCAAUGUAGAACCCGGCAACCCUCGGGUUUCGGGGGACACCGUGCCUGCGAUCCAAAACAACGGGACCGCGCGACCGACGGGGGCAGCGAACGGUACAGACCAAACCGCGGAUAGUUCGCUAGAUCUAGGCUCCUGUGAAGACCCAGACCUCUGGGCGGAGGUUCUGGACUCGAUUGGGAUUGAUAUGGACAGGCAAUGGAUCGAGUCGGCAUUGCUGAGAGAAUGAGAAUCUUGGCGAGAUCUGAAAUUUUGGGGAAGAUGUCUCAUAAGGCGAACUUGCAGGUAAUUUCAAUGGAAUAAGAUGGCUCAAUCAUUCACAAUCCUCGGUACCAACCCUUGAUGCCUUCCCUUACAGUCGGGAACUCCUCACUGGGCCUCUAUACUCAGCAGCCUAGUCCUUCCUCCAUCCCUCCCACCGUUCAAACUCCCCCGUAUCCAGGCCAAACAAGUCUAACAUCCGUCCCACUGAAUGGUCGAUCAUCUCUCCAACGCUGCCUGGUCGCGUGUAAAGCGUCAUCAUGGGUGGAAAUAUGACCGCCCCGGCGCGCGAAACCUCGAGCAUAUUUUGUAAAUGAAUAGCACUGAGUGGCGUUUCGCGCGUCACCAGGACGAGCUUCCGGCGCUCUUUGAGUACCACAUCCGCAGCUCGCGCAAUCAAGUCGUCGCAGAAUCCGUGGCUGACGGCUGCUAGAGUCUUCAUGCUGCAUGGCACCACGACCAUGCCGUCAACGCGGAACGACCCGCUGGCAAUAGGGGCAGCCAUGUCGUGGAUGCUGUGGACGUGGUCAGCGAGGGCGCGGACAUUGGCCACGGUAUAGUCUGUUUCAUAUUUAAGGGUGGCCUCGGCCCAUUUGCUGAGGAUGAGGUGUGUUUCGACGUUGAGGUGACGCAGGGCAAUGAGCGUUUUGAUGCCGAGCAUUGAACCGGUGGCACCUGUCAUGGCGACAAUAAUUCUUUGUCGGGGGCGUGAUAGCUGGUUCCGAUAUGCGUGUCCAUUGCUGUUGUUGUUGUUGUUACCGUUUGUGACAGGGAGGUUUGAAGUGUUGGACGAGAACAUGGUUUCAAGUGUGAGGACGAGGGUAUAUUAAGAGAUGAACAGGAGUAGAGGUAGGAGAAAUGGAUUAGGGCGCUGUGAGGGUUUCUCGGAGAGGAUAUGGCUUUAUACUCCUCUAAUAAAAUGAAUGGUUGAU